AAUACGACUUAUUGGUGAAAAAACUAUUCAAAAGGGAAGAGUCAAGGAUGGUGUGAAAGGCCUAUCAUGGUCUAAUACGCCGGUUAGAAAAACAAAAAAAAAAAACAUUUCUGAAUUCAGUUGAUGGCUAUGUAGAUGUUUCUGGAGAGGAGAGUUUCUGGAUGAUUAGACCAAUCAAAUUAUUGUCAACAAAAAGCAUAUAGCUUGUUGCUUAGGAAUUCAAAUAAGAUAAUACAGAUGUGUAUCUAUAUAUAUAGACACACAUUCUCGUCUGGUUUUCCAUCUUUGCAAUUGAAGAAUUAAGUUUGGAAGAAAUAUACAAAGACAGAAAACUUAGCAGCGAUGGCUAGCGCAAGUGAAGAAAUAGUGAGCAACAAACAGGUUAUAUUCAAAGACUACGCCAAUGGUUACCCUAAAGAAUCAGACAUGUUUUUGAGUACUAAAACGAUCAAACUUGAAGUGCCAGAAGGAACUAAUGGUGUUCUUGUCAAGAAUCUGUAUUUGUCUUGUGAUCCAUCUAUGGGAAUGCGAAUGCGAACCAAAGUGGAAGGAUUUGUUAUGGAGCCUUUCAAGCCUGGUUCGGUUGUAGAAGGUCUAGGAGUGGCUAAAGUUGUAGAAUCUAGGCAUCCAGACUUCAAGAAAGGUGACUUGGUUUGGGGAUUGACUACUUGGGAAGAGUAUAGUCUCAUUCAAAUGCCAUUUCUCUUUAAAAUUCAACACACAGAUGUGCCUCUUUCCCACUACACUGGAAUUCUUGGUAUGUCUGGGUUAACAGCUUAUGCUGGUUUUUAUGAGGUUGGUGCUCCUAAGAAAGGAGAUUAUGUGUUCGUUUCAGCAGCUUCUGGUGCAGUUGGUCAGCUUGUUGGCCAAUUCGCAAAGUUGUCAGGUUGUUAUGUGGUUGGAAGUGCUGGAAGCAAAGAAAAAGUUGAUUUGUUGAAGAACAAGUUUGGAUUCGACGAGGCUUUCAAUUACAAUGAAGAACAGGACUUGGAUGCAGCUUUGAAAAGAUAUUUUCCUAAAGGAAUCGAUAUAUAUUUUGAAAAUGUUGGUGGUAAGAUGCUGGAAGCAGUUCUGCUGAAUAUGAAAUUUGGGGGACGCAUUGUUAUGUGUGUAGACGAGGUUUAUGGAGUAAAAAAUCUAACGCAAAUAGUUUACAAAAGCCUCCGCGUGGAAGGAUUUCUAGUUGCCAAUUACCUGCACCUAAUUCCUAAGUACCACGAAAUGAUAAUACCAAAAAUAAAAGAAGGGAAGAUUGUUUAUGUUGAAGAUAUUGCCGCCGGUAUAGAAAGCGGUCCGGCGGCUGUGGUUGGCGUAUUCAGAGGAUGUAAUAUGGGAAAGCAAGUGGUUAAAGUUGCCGAUGAAUGAUGACUAUUAAUUGAGCUUCUUGAUAAUAAAAUUCAGCUAUGGCUGCCUGCCUAUACUUGAAGGAGGAGAAGAAUAAGAAUAAUAACUUGUUUGGGAUGAAUGCUUUUUUGUUCAUUAGUUAUGAAAAUGCAUUUAAAAGUACACUACUUCAAUACAGAGGAGUUUGUAUUUUCA